AUGACCGACGACAUUGAUUCCAUCGUCAAGGGGGCCCCCGUGGUCUCCCCGGCCAUCAAGGCUGCCGCCGCCGCCGCCGGUACCAGCCCAAUCCUCCACGAAGAUGUCAAGCAAGGAGACCCCUUGCACAACACCCCUAGCUCACCAUCUAUGAUCUACCUCAACCUCCUCAUCCUCGAAGCCUCCCUGCGAGCCCAAUUCCUCGAGUUGCGCGCCCGCAAGCGCCAUCAUACCUUUUUCCUCACCCUCCUCAGCGUCUGGGUCUGCUUCUUUGGCUACAAGCUGUACUUUGCGCCCCGCGAAGACGGCCAGGGUGUCGGCGGCUCCAUCUAUUGGGCCGUUGAGGGUGCCCAAAAGGUGUGUUUCAUGGGCGGCAUUAUCACCGCCGUCCUCGUCUGGGCCACCGGCAUAUGGGAGAGAGGCAUCCGCUGGCCCCGCCGCUGGUUCGCCAUCUCCAACCGCGGCUUGCGCGGCUUCAACUGCAAACUUGUGCUCAUUCGCCGACCCUGGUGGGCCGAGGCGCUCUCCUCCGUCGGCUUCUUCCUCACCUACGGACUCUUCUCCCACACUGCGAGCUCCUCCUACCGACAUGUCGACCCUUCCCUGCUGCGCGAGGUCGAAAAAGAGUUGCAACUGUCCGGCGACGGCAGCCACCCGACAUUGAUACUACCCCACCAAGACGAUGCGCGUGGCGGACACGAGGAGGAUCUUGCUCCUGGGGGCGACUACGUCAAGCUACUGCUUCUUGCAAAGCCAUUCUCUCCGACAUUCCGCGAGAACUGGGAGUUAUACAGAACGGAGUACUGGGAACGGGAAAACGAGCGCCGAGCGCUGCUUCGGGAGAAAGUAAAGGAAUACGACAUGAAAAUGGCCAAGGCCCAGCAUGGCUGGCUAUGGCGGCUGCCCUGGAAAAAGGCACAGGUUAAACGCCAAGAGACGCCCAAGGCCCUUCACAAGAGCCACAUAAGUACCGAGAAGCUGCACAAGCGCCGCAGUAGCAGUGUACGGCGCGGGUCAGUCAGCUCAACACGCAGCGGCACGCCCUCUUUUGACCUUGAUGAUGGCCACCCGACAACGCGCAGGACCGGCUCAAUCUCGAGCCUCAAUGAGAAGCGGCGAAAAAAGGCCACCAGUCUGCCCAAGUCGAGGAAGCAAGGCUCAGAGUCUCGGUCGGUUACGCCAGACCUGCCACCGUCUCCGCUGUCGGGAGACGCGUCCGUCGCGGAGAGUGGCAGAGUGCUUCGCAGUGCUAGCGGGACGCCCAGGGACAAGUCCCAGGCAAAAUGA